CUCGACCUUUUUGAUCCAGCCUGCACGUUUUCAACCAGCGUUCCGCAUCUUGCGAUCCGGAACGCGGGGUUGAUGAAUGCUAUCUUAGCAUUGUCGUGCUACCACCUCUCCCUUGUCCAAAAUUCUAGUAUCGAUGAGCGGCCCAGCCCAAACACUGCACUGCAAUACUACUACCAGACUCUGCAUUACGUUCAGAAAGCCAUGCGCUAUUCAACUUACCAAACUAGCCAUGAAUUGAUGGCGACAACUCUCAUUGUUUCCACGUAUGAGAUGUUGCGUGAAUCUCGCAAAGAUUGGGAGCGGCAUCUUCAAGGCGUGUUUUGGAUUCUGCGAUCUCGACAGAUCAAUGUAGAAAUAUCCGGGUUAGAGAGUACCACCUGGUGGGCGUGGCUGCGCCAAGAUAUAUGGGCUGCCUUCCGUGAGAAGAGGAGAACAUAUACAACCUGGACUCCCAAGAAAUCAUACUCAGAACUCACGGCGUAUGAAGUUGCCUCUCGGGCUGUAUGGAUUCUAGCUCAAGUUAUCAAUUUUUGCGCUCGUGAAUCCGACACAGAAUCCCAAUCCGCUAUCUCGAGCCAAUUUGAGACGGCGAGAGUUCUCCGAAAUAUGCUUCAUGAGUGGCGAUCUCAUCUGACAACUGCGUUCUCGCCGCUCCCAGCCCGAAAUCGUCCGGGGUCUGAGGGGUUCCAACCUCUUCUGAUACAUCCUCCCUGUUUUGGGCUUGCCAUGCAGAUUCAUCAUGUUUCUCAAAUCAUGAUACUCGUCCACGAGCCUAGUAACGGGGGCAUCGAAUUUUUCAAGCAACGUCAGAAGACUAUUCAGCGGAGCAUCGAGGUUGUUUGUGGUAUAGGAAUGACCUUGACCGAUGAUGCGUCAAGUCUUGUAUCGUCGCAGUGUCUUUUCAUCGCUGGCAUGUUCACACGUGAUAGUCAACAAAGAAAAUCCAUUCUUGAUAUGCUAGACUUAUGUCGACAGAGGUGUGGAUGGCCGACACAUCCAUUGGGGGCAGAACUAGAGCAGAUCUGGGACGAAUCUCACUUGUCCCCAAAGGAC